CGCACGCGUGCGGCAUUUCUUCUCCACUGUUGGAGAGUGAAGAGAGAGACCCAAAUCCGCGCCGAAAAAUGGGUGCAAUCAGCGACCCGAACCAAGACGGCUCGGACGAGCAGCAGCUCCGCUCAGAAAUCUACACGUACGAAGCCCCAUGGCACAUCUACGCCAUGAACUGGAGCGUCCGCAGGGACAAGAAAUACCGCCUCGCCAUCUCCAGCCUCCUCGAGCAGUACCCUAACCGCGUCGAAAUCGUCCAGCUCGACGACUCCACCGGCGAGAUCCGCCCCGACCCCGCCCUCUCCUUCGACCACCCCUACCCUCCGACCAAGCUCAUCUUCGUCCCCGACAAGGACUGCCAGCGCCCCGAUCUCCUCGCCUCCUCCUCCGAUUUCCUCCGCCUCUGGCAAAUCUCCGAUUCCGACUCCUCCCGCCGCGUCGAGCUCAAGAGCCUCCUCAACAACAACCGCAACAGCGAAUUCUCCGGUCCGUUGACCUCCUUUGACUGGAACGAAGCCGAGCCGCGCCGGAUUGGAACCUCCAGCAUCGACACCACCUGCACGAUUUGGGACAUCGAGAAGGAGGUGGUGGAUACGCAGCUGAUCGCGCACGAUAAGGAGGUCUACGACAUCGCGUGGGGCGGCGUUGGCGUUUUCGCGUCGGUUUCCGCCGACGGCUCGGUUAGGGUUUUCGAUCUCCGCGAUAAGGAGCAUUCGACUAUAAUUUACGAGAGCUCCGAGCCGGACACGCCGCUGGUGCGGCUUGGGUGGAAUAAGCAGGAUCCUAGAUACAUGGCUACCAUUAUAAUGGACAGCAGCAAGGUCGUGGUGUUGGAUAUUCGCUUCCCGACGCUGCCGGUGGUGGAGCUGCAGCGGCAUCAGGCUGGUGUGAAUGCGAUUGCGUGGGCUCCGCAUAGCUCCUGCCACAUUUGCACGGCGGGGGAUGAUUCGCAGGCUUUGAUUUGGGACCUCUCGUCGAUGGGGCAGCCGGUGGAGGGAGGGUUGGACCCAAUUCUGGCUUACACUGCCGGGGCGGAGAUUGAGCAGCUGCAGUGGUCGUAUUCGCAGCCUGAUUGGGUGGCGAUUGCGUUUUCGAACAAGCUACAGAUUCUGAGGUGUUAUUACUAUAAUGCUGAACUUGUGGUUGCUUCCAUCAGAUUUAACACAGAGACAAUCAGAGCUGUGAGUGAAGGAACUUCCUCACAGAAUCUCGAAAGACGUCGCUACAUUAGAGCGUACUGGCUUGUGGUAACUACAUCAGUUCUUCCACCAGUCAAGCCCCUGUUGCGGGCCUGAGAUAACAGAAAUUUUGUUGAGAGUAAUGAUGCUUUGCUCAACGAGUUCUUGGUGUUUUACAGUCCAGCAAGUUGAAGAAGGUGUAUUGUAGAUUAAGCAGUCAACUGUGGUCUGUAAUUGAAGGAUGGUAGAUGAACAUGGUUGUAAGUUGCUUGCUGCCUCCACUGUAUAUUUAUGAAAAUCAGUUUAGUUUCUAUAUGAACUGUGCCUUGUGGGAGUAAGCAUAUGCGCCGUGUUAAUCCAUUCAUGUGCUGCA